GGAGGGGGAGACCGCCCAGCAAGAUGGCGCUGUCUGCGUGGCUGCGGCCCUUCUCCCGGCUGCUAGCCCCGACCAGGCUCCCGAGCGGCUUGUGCAGGUCCAAGUUCUAUGUUGGGGAGCCACUACACGACAAGCCUGAUUGGCUGAAAGUGGGGCUGACCUUGGGCAGGACCGUCUUCUUGUGGGUCUAUCUCAUCAAACAACAUAAUGAAGAUGUAUUAGAAUAUAAAAGAAGAAAUGGGUUGGAAUAAACUGUUUAAGUGCUAAUACUGUAUGUUCCAUAUAGAGUUGAAAGCAGUUGAGUUGUAAGCGAGAGAGAAAAGUUAUAUGUGAAUCUAUGU